AUGUUCCUGCAACGUACCGCAGUGGCCGCCGCCCGUCGGGCUGCCGUGUCUCCCGCAGUUCGACGGACUUUCGCCGUCUCAGCUAUUCGCCGCGAUGCGAAGAAUGUCGAGGCUUCUCCUAGCACUACCAAAAAAAUGAAGACCUUCAGCGAAAUCAGAACCGAGGAAGACCUUCUCGGACCCGGUGCCGCGCCUGGUACCGUCCCGACCGAUCUCGAGCAAUCGACAGGUCUCGAGCGAUUGGAAAUUCUCGGCAAGAUAGAGGGAGUGGAUGUCUUCGACAUGCGACCCCUCGACGCUUCGCGGAAAGGAACUCUCGACAACCCAAUCCUGGUCAGGUCCGCUGGUGAUGAGCAGUACGCCGGUUGCACCGGCUACCCUGCCGACUCUCACGUCGUCACCUGGCUCGGCAUGUCCCGCGAGCGACCGAUGGAGCGAUGCCCCGAGUGCGGCAGUGUCUACAAGAUGGAAUACGUUGGACCUCAAGAUGACGGACACGGCCACCACCACGACCACCACGGUUAUGAGGAGCCUAAGACCUUCGCCAACUACGUCAAGCCGGAGUACUGGUAA